AUGGACGUGGACGUGGACGUGGACGUGGACAUGGACGUGGACGUGGACGUGGACGUGGACAUGGACGUGGACGUGGACGUGGACGUGGACGUGGACGUGGACGUGGACGUGGACGUGGACAUGGACGUGGACGUGGACGUGGACGUGGACGUGGACAUGGACGUGGACGUGGACGUGGACGUGGACGUGGACGUGGACGUGGACGUGGACGUGGACGUGGACGUGGACGUGGACGUGGACGUGGACGUGGACGUGGACGUGGACGUGGACGUGGACGUGGACAUGGACGUGGACGUGGACGUGGACGUGGACGUGGACGUGGACGUGGACGUGGACGUGGACGUGGACGUGGACGUGGACGUGGACGUGGACGUGGACGUGACGUGGACAUGGACGUGGACGUGGACGUGGACGUGGACGUGGACGUGGACGUGGACGUGGACGUGGACGUGGACAUGGACGUGGACGUGGACGUGGACGUGGACGUGGACGUGGACGUGGAGACGUGGACGUGGACGUGGACAUGGACGUGGACGUGGACGUGGACGUGGACGUGGACGUGGACGUGGACGUGGACGUGGACGUGGACGUGGACGUGGACAUGGACGUGGACGUGGACGUGGACGUGGACGUGGACGUGGACGUGGACGUGGACGUGGACGUGGACGUGGACGUGGACGUGGACGUGGACGUGGACGUGGACGUGGACGUGGACGUGGACGUGGACGUGGACAUGGACGUGGACGUGGACGUGGACGUGGACGUGGACGUGGACGUGGACUGGACGUGGACGUGGACGUGGACGUGGACGUGGACGUGGACGUGGACGUGGACGUGGACGUGGACGUGGACGUGGACGUGGACGUGGACGUGGACGUGGACGUGGACGUGGACAUGGACGUGGACAUGGACGUGGACGUGGACGUGGACGUGGACGUGGACGUGGACGUGGACGUGGACGUGGACGUGGACGUGGACGUGGACGUGGACGUGGACGUGGACGUGGACGUGGACGUGGACGUGGACGUGGACGUGGACGUGGACGUGGACGUGGACGUGGACGUGGACAUGGACGUGGACGUGGACGUGGACGUGGACAUGGACGUGGACGUGGACGUGGACGUGGACAUGGACGUGGACGUGGACGUGGACGUGGACGUGGACGUGGACGUGGACGUGGACGUGGACGUGGACGUGGACGUGGACGUGGACGUGGACGUGGACGUGGACGUGGACGUGGACGUGGACAUGGACGUGGACGUGGACGUGGACGUGGACGUGGACGUGGACGUGGACGUGGACGUGGACGUGGACAUGGACGUGGACGUGGACGUGGACGUGGACGUGGACGUGGACGUGGACGUGGACGUGGACGUGGACGUGGACGUGGACGUGGACGUGGACGUGGACGUGGACGUGGACGUGGACGUGGACGUGGACGUGGACGUGGACGUGGACGUGGACAUGGACGUGGACGUGGACGUGGACGUGGACGUGGACGUGGACGUGGACGUGGACAUGGACGUGGACGUGGACGUGGACGUGGACGUGGACGUGGACGUGGGACGUGGACGUGGACGUGGACGUGGACGUGGACGUGGACGUGGACAUGGACGUGGACGUGGACGUGACGUGGACGUGGACGUGGACGUGGACGUGGACGUGGACGUGGACGUGGACGUGGACAUGGACGUGGACGUGGACGUGGACGUGGACGUGGACGUGACGUGGACGUGGACGUGGACGUGGACGUGGACUGGACAUGGACGUGGACGUGGACGUGGACGUGGACGUGGACAUGGACGUGGACGUGGACGUGGACGUGGACGUGGACGUGGGGGACGUGGACGUGGACGUGGACGUGGACGUGGACAUGGACGUGGACGUGGACGUGGACGUGGACGUGGACGUGGACGUGGACGUGGACGUGGACGUGGACGUGGACGUGGACGUGGACGUGGACGUGGACGUGGACAUGGACGUGGACGUGGACGUGGACGUGGACGUGGACGUGGACGUGGACGUGGACGUGGACGUGGACGUGGACGUGGACGUGGACGUGGACGUGGACGUGACGUGGACGUGGACGUGGACGUGGACGUGUGGACGUGGACGUGGACGUGGACGUGGACGUGGACGUGGACGUGGACAUGGACGUGGACGUGGACAUGGACGUGGACGUGGACGUGGACAUGGACGUGGACGUGGACGUGGACGUGGACGUGGACGUGGACGUGGACGUGGACAUGGACGUGGACGUGGACGUGGACGUGGACAUGGACGUGGACGUGGACGUGGACGUGGACGUGGACGUGGACGUGGACGUGGACGUGGACAUGGACGUGGACGUGGACGUGGACGUGGACGUGGACGUGGACGUGGACGUGGACGUGGACGUGGACGUGGACGUGGACGUGGACGUGGACGUGGACGUGGACGUGGACGUGUGGACGUGGACGUGGACGUGGACAUGGACGUGGACGUGGACGUGGACGUGGACGUGGACGUGACGUGGACAUGGACGUGGACGUGGACGUGGACGUGGACAUGGACGUGGACGUGGACGUGGACGUGGACGUGGACAUGGACGUGGACGUGGACGUGGACGUGGACGUGGACGUGGACGUGGACGUGGACGUGGACGUGGACGUGGACGUGGACGUGGACGUGGACGUGGACGUGGACGUGGACGUGGACGUGGACGUGGACGUGGACGUGGACGUGGACGUGGACGUGGACGUGGACGUGGACGUGGACGUGGACGUGGACGUGGACGUGGACGUGGACGUGGACGUGGACGUGGACGUGGACGUGGACGUGGACGUGGACGUGGACGUGGACGUGGACGUGGACGUGGACUGGGACGUGGACGUGGACGUGGACGUGGACGUGGACGUGACGUGGACGUGGACGUGGACGUGGACGUGGACGUGGACGUGGACGUGGACGUGGACGUGGACGUGGACGUGGACGUGGACGUGGACGUGGACGUGGACGUGGACGUGGACGUGGACGUGGACGUGGACGUGGACGUGGACGUGGACGUGGACGUGGACGUGGACGUGGACAUGGACGUGGACGUGGACGUGGACGUGGACGUGGACAUGGACGUGGACGUGGACGUGGACGUGGACGUGGACGUGGACGUGGACGUGGACGUGGACGUGGACGUGGACGUGGACGUGGACGUGGACGUGGACGUGGACGUGGACGUGGACGUGGACGUGGACGUGGACGUGGACGUGGACGUGGACGUGGACGUGA